ACAGCUGUGAGAAUCUGAUCAUAUUCCUUGUGCACAUUCCUCCGUCGUUCAGUUUGGUCUAAGAAGGGUGAGCAGCGUCCACACCGAGACGAUCCAGGGCUGAAAAAAAGCGUCGCCAUGUCCAUCCGGAGGCUCAGGAGCAGCCCCAAAACACUGGGGGAUGUCAAUACGGUGACAGGGGAGCUGAAGAAUCUUUACUACAAGAGGCUGCUGCCGAUCGAGAAGCACUACUCUUUCCACCACUUUCACACUCCGAGCUAUGAGGAUGCAGACUUUGACAACAAGCCAAUGGUGCUGGUGAUGGGCCAGUACUCGACAGGAAAGACGACCUUCAUCAGAUAUCUCAUAGAACAAGAUUUCCCUGGUAGCCGAGUUGGGCCAGAGCCGACCACCGACUGCUUCAGCGCCGUCAUGUACGGAGAGACGGAAGGAAUCAUCCCUGGGAAUGCCCUCACGGUGGAUCCAAAGAAGCCCUUCCGCAACCUCGACCCCUUUGGGAAUUCUUUUCUGAACAGGUUUCAGUGUGUUCAGAUGCCAAAUCAGGUGCUUGAAAGUAUCAGCAUUAUCGACACACCGGGAAUAUUAACCGCUGCCAAAAGAAGACUGAGUCGAGGCUACGACUUCCCAGCGGUGCUGCGCUGGUUUGCAGAGCGCGUGGAUCGCAUCAUCCUGCUGUUCGAUGCACAUAAACUGGAGUUCUCCGAUGAGCUCACCCGGGCCUUUGGGGCCCUGACCGGCUACGAGGACAAGCUGCGCGUGGUUCUCAACAAGGCCGACAGGGUGGACUCACAGCAGCUCAUGAGAGUGUACGGUGCCCUCAUGUGGUCGCUGGGGAAAGUGUUUCGAACCCCGGAGAUCCUGCGGGUCUACGUCGGAUCGUUCUGGUCGGAGCCGAGGCAGAAGUGUGACCACUACCAGCUGAUCGAGCUGGAGGAGGAGGAUCUCUUGGCCGACAUAAGGAACCUGCCACGUAACGCUGCGGUGCGCAGGCUGAAUGACCUGGUGAAGAGGGCGCGCUUAUUAAGGGCCCACGCGCACAUUAUCAGCUAUCUCAAGCAGGAGAUGCCGACCAUUUUUUGCAAAGAAAGCAAGAAGCACAACCUGAUUUACCAGCUUCCUGUUAUUUUCAACAAGAUCCAGCAACAGCAUCGAGUCCCAGCUGGGGACUUCCCUGACUGCACCAAGAUGCAGGAGAAACUUCUGGGUCACGACUUCUCCAAGUUCAAGACGCUGAAACCGAGUCUCAUGGCUUCCUUGGAUAAACUCCUCACCAGCGACAUAGCAAAGCUGGUGCCUUUGCUCCAACAACAAGAGCUGAGGAGGAAAUCCCUCCCCAGUGCGUUGGACGGCGAAUUUCUGGGAACAUUCCGGCCUGAGCAUUUCAGGAGAGAUGCCUUCAAGGAAAUCUCCAGAGACGACGAGAGCAGCGAGGCGGAUUUCGACGAGUGGGUGGUGGAGAAGUACAAGCCCAAAUACGAUGAAAUCUUCUACAACCUGAGUCCAAACGGGGGCAAGCUGAGCGGCACCAAGGUCAAACAGUGGAUGACGACCACGCUCCUGCCGAACUCCGUGCUUGCUCAGAUCUGGAGGCUGUCGGACGUAGACGGGGACGGCAUGUUGGACAAUGACGAGUUUGCCCUGGCGGUCCACCUUAUCGAGGGAAAACUGGAGGGCCACUGGCUGCCCCGAGAGCUGCCCCCCCACCUGGUGCCGCCGUCAAAACGGCUGAGUACAGCCAGCGAUGACGAGUAAACGUGACAUCGAAAGGCAAAUGGAAGACCGAGGAUAUGUCUUCAUUAUAUGUAAAAAAAUUGUACAGCAUUUUCUAAAUAUAAAAUAACCUGGUAAUAUCAGAUUGACAUGAAAAAAAUAAGGAUACUGCAUGUUCAUGAAGCUCAGGAGGUGUUUUGAAUCCGUUCGUAUGUUAAUCAUGUCGUAUGUGACAUCAAAACAUUAAGAUCAUGACUGAUGGUUUGGGUUAUAUUUCAUCUCGUAGUUCACUUCUGUAUUUUGCAUCACAACUAGAGCUGCAACAGUUAAUCGAUUAAUCAAUUAGUAAUCGAUGAGUACAUUAAUCGGCAACUAUUUUGAUAAUCGAAUGAUCAGUUCCAGUCAAGAUUCUCUGAUUUCAGCUU